AUGUUUCUUCCUAUGUUACCCAUCUAUGCAGCGAUUUUGAUAAUACGUAGAAAAACCACGUCGAAGUUGCGCAGCGAAUCUAUUUCGGAGAGAACUUUGCAUUUACACUCACAGCUACUGAAGGCGCUCACCUAUCAAGCUUGUCUACCGAUGCUCUUCGUUGCUGGAAUGCUGAUGUUUUCAGUGGGAGACUUUAUGAUUCCGAACAAUCCACUGCUACAAUACGCACCCACAAUCAUGGGCCUUAUUCCAAUAUUCGAUCCUCUUUUAUCUCUGUAUUUCAUAAAACCAUAUCAAGAAUGGUUACGAAGAAACUUAAUAUGCAAGAAAUCCUCGAACACCCCAUUCAUCGAAAAGAUACGGAUUGCUUCACGAAAUGAAACCUGA